AUGGAUCCUUCAACUCCGAUCACGUCUCAUGGGCAGUCAGAUGGGACACUGAAUGAAGUUGCCCCCAAUCAUGCCCACACAGACUCGAUGGUGACGGUCUCAUUGUCCUCCAACUCAGAGCAUACUCAACCAGAUUGGCGGACACUUGAAAUCCCCCAGACACCAGUAGAAUUGACAUCACCUCCCAUGGAAAACCCAAGUGCGAACGAAACCGAGAAAAUAACCACACCAACUCUGGAGCCGGUAAAACCAGCUUCUAGCUCAGGUGCUUCAAUUCGCUCCCGUAGCAGUGAUGAACUUGAUCGGGGAGAUGGCGACAUGGUUGAUUGGGAGGAACUGGAAAAGACAGAGGAGCAGGAACCGCGCCGUGAAGGCUCUGAUGAGUCGACAGCACUUCUCCUAGCUCGCUUAGAGCAAGAAAACAAUGCAUUGGCAACCAACCCAAAGUCAGGUUUGUCGAAUGUCUCGAAAUCCAAUGGGGUACCACAAAGACCAUCCCGAUCCCAGUCCCUCCACCAUAUCAAGAGAUUGAUUAAGGACGACUCUCGAUCCUCUCUGCGCUACUCGCAACUUCCGCCUCCACCUAUGACUGAGCUCGAAUUUUGGGCGGCCUUGGUUGCAGACUACCCCCAGACCGCCCAGCGACUCCCGACAUUGACCUCCAACAAAAUUCGUGGAGGUGUUCCACCUCCCCUCCGCGGUGUGGUGUGGCCCAGCUUGGCAGGCGCUAGGGAUACAAUGCUUUUGGCGGAAUAUCAAAGAUUAUGUGGUGAGACGAGCCCUUACGAGGGACUCAUUGGAAAGGACAUUGGGCGUAGCUUUCCCAACGUUGAGAUGUUCCGUGAUCCACAUGGUGAGGGACAGCAGAUGCUGGGUCGAGUAUUGAAAUGUUUUAGUCUUUAUGACACCAAGAUUGGUUACUGUCAGGGUCUAGGAUUUGUUGUUGGCCCACUAUUGAUGCACAUGACAGAUGCAGAGGCAUUCUGUGUGCUAGUACGACUGAUGGAGCAUUAUGAUUUACGGACAUGCUAUCUACCUGAUCUGUCUGGGUUACAUCUCCGUGUAUACCAAUUCCAAAACCUCCUUUCCCGCCUUCGACCGGGUCUGUUUGCACAUCUGGAAUCGUUGCAUGUUGAGCCGAUAUACGUGUCUCAGUGGUUCCUAUCAUUCUUUGCCGUGGCGUGCCCCAUGCCAAUGCUUCUCCGGAUAUACGAUAUUAUCUUCUUAGAAGGGGCGUGCGAGACCCUAAUGCGUGUUUCCCUUUCGCUCAUGCAACGAAACGAGAAGAAAAUCAUGGCCUGUACAGAAUUCGAAGACGUCAUGCAGUUUUUGCUAUCUCGGAGUUUGUGGGAUACAUACGCCUGUCAUGCAGAUGAUUUCGUCAAUGACUUCGUAUCCCUAACUUCGCUUGUUACCAAGGAGAGCCUCCAAGCCUUGGAGGCUAGCUAUAACCAAUCACAGGGUGUACCCACAGGAAUUUCAUUCCCUCAAAUGCAGGCCGCGGCGUCCCGCUUCUUAGGCCGAUUCUGGGCGGGGUCUAGUUCUCUCAACUCCGGCAAGCCCUUCUCGCUCAACCCCAACCAGUCCGGCACGUCGGCGAAUACCAGCAUUCGCCGGUCGACGUCCAAACAAAGCAUGACAUCCACUUUGAAUUCCAUCGAAUCCACGUCAGACGCCAGCACGGCGGCAACAGAACUUUCUGCCGAUGCACUCAAACCCCGUGCCAAAUCCGCUAUGUUGCAGCACAAGGACCGCGAUCUUCACACGCAAAUCGAAGAGCUUUUGAUGGCGCUAAGCGAUCUGCAGCAUCAGCAUGCGGACCUCACUCGGGAAUUGCAGCAUGAGCGGGAAGAGCGCGAGGAGGAUCAGGAGAUCGCGAAAUUGAUGCUCAGUUAUAUCAAGGAAGCGACGGAAAAGCCCCCGACGGAGCUAAUCAGCAAAGCGGAAGAGCGGUUUGAAGGGGCUGAGUCUCCUGAUCAGGAGUCUAUCGACCAAACCAAACAUCAGCUUCGCGAUGAUGUGAAUCGAUGGAAGGAGAUGCACUCCGUGGAAGCCGGUCGGUGCCUCGAUCUCACGCGUCGAAUCGAUGAGAAAGAGAAGGAUAAUUCGUCGUUGCGAGAUCAACUCCGAGAGGCUCGUGGACGCAUCCAAGACGGAUACCGCGAUCGCCAACGACUGGAACGGAUGGUCCGCGAGCUGCGGUCCGUCAAGUCACUUAACUCCGAAACUCCGCCGGAGUCGUAUGGGUCACCGACAAGCGAACCCGGCGAAGGAUUCGUUGCCGGUGGGCUGCGCGAACUUAGGCUCGUACGGACGAAUUCACAAAGGAGCACCUUCACCAAACGAUCGAGCAGCCUGGGUCUGCAAUCGAUACUGUCGACAGAGAACAACAAACCGGCGGGCGAGGAGGCUCUGCUCUUGGAACUUGUCAAUUCAAAGACAGCCGAAGCGGUAGCCAAGCAAGAACUUGAGGAGGUGAAGGCCAAGAUGGAAGGGCUCCGGAAGAUGGUUGCGGCUUCGCAACGAGGACAAUCGCAAAAUGGAAUGAUCCCGGAGUCUUUAAACCGAUCCUCAUCCUCGGUAGGGGUAAACAAGGCUGUCACGGAGCCAGCUGUGGGUGGAUUCUUUAGUGGAUGGGCCCGACGAGCCGUAACCAGCACGGAGUCGUAUACGGAGAAGUAG